GAAGACUCCAGAUAUGACAGAAUGAGACAAUGGCCGAUUUGCUCCUACCGCAAGAAAUAUCCAUAGAAAGGAAAAGCAAACUUGGGAUCAAGUCUUCAUCUACCACCAUGGAAAUAGCCAAUUGCAAGGAAGCAGGGGAAGAAGCAUUGCCACAAAAAAUAAACAGAAUUACUCCAAAACCCAAAAACGGCAUGCCGGAUCCUGAGAAAACGUUUCGAGCUGUGGCAGCCAGAAAUUAUCGCCAACUGGAUCCGGUUACCGGAGAUGCUGCCUGCCAGAUGCGGGUGCCAUUUAUGCUGGAUGCAAUGAAUAUAGUUUCAAUGUCAGCCUGUACCGCAGAGAGUUUAAUACUUGGCUUCAGCUCUAUGUACGGUCCUGAAUUCAAUAUGCUACCAGUUGUUGCAGCAUCAAAAAAAGGAACGUUGCCAGAGGCAGGUACGAUGCCCGAUCACUAUUUUUCAUUGUUUUAUCCUCUUAGUGUAACGCGCCAGAGAGCAGAUGACAGCUUAGGUUUCCUCAUUGAAGAUCAACCCGAGCGGAUUACGUACUCCUAUAAGGAGGCAAACAGAUGGAAAUCUGCAGCA